AUGCAAAUUUUUAAUCGUAUAAGUGCUGAAAUAAAUAAGACGUUUCUAGAAGUAAAGGACGAACUAAUCGUUCUUAAAUGCAUUGACUAUUUCUGCUGCAAAUUCGAUAAUAAAACGAAUUCUGCAGUACCGCUGUUUAAUGACGAACAACUGGCAAUUAUUUUAUUGCUUAUUGGUUGCUCAAGUUCCCACACAAGUUCUUCAUUAAACGAUUUUUUAAAUCAGUGCUUGAAAAUAUGUAUAGCAAGAAAUCAGCCGGAAUUAAUGGCAGUGCUUUAUAAGAUUUUUGAACAUUCGCAAUUAAUUGGGAAACCAAACUUGAAAUUUUUAUCGCUCUCCUGCAAGUAUGGUUAUUUACGAUUUAUUCACUUAUUAUUCAAAUAUUUUCGACCGUUAUUUUUUGAAGCAGUUGAAGAAAAUGAUUCAGCCAUUUCAAUUCUGCGAAUGAAAUUUUAUUACAAAGUGUUUUGGGGAUUCAGAAAGGUGAAUAUCGGCAAUUUCCCAGGCAAAUUAUUAGCAUUUGGUGAAAAUGGUGCUGGAAUUUUGGGCAUUGGCCAUGAUCGGCCAACAAAAUUUUUAUCGAAUGUUCAAAUUUCUUUAGCAAGUGUAUCUGAUCAGGUUGCUUUCGGUCGCUAUCAUUCAUUAUUUCUUUUGAAUGGUAAAGUAUAUUCUUGUGGUUUUGGCCUUGAUGGCAAACUUGGCCAUAAUGAUGAGAAAGAUCGAAGUGUUCCUCAGCAAAUUCAAUUAAACUACGAAAUUGUUUGCAUUGCCACAGGUAAUGCACAUUCGGUUAUUUGUUCUUAUAAUUCGAUUUUUGUAUUUGGACGAGAUAGUGGUCAAUUAGGGUUAAAUCAAGGACGCAUAUUAAAGCCGACUUUGGUAUAUGUAUUUGAUGAUCCUUUUGAUAAGAUUGUUAGAUGCGUUACAAAUGAAGAAUUCACUGCUGUUUUCACAGAAAAGUUGCCGGAUAGUUCUGUUGAAGAAUUUUUCCAUGAAGUCGUGCAAAAUUUUGUUCAAAUAAUUGUGCAAAAUCGGAUUUUUAAUAUAAAAUUUAAAUCGCUUAACACAAUGCGUUGUGUUGGUUGCUUCUCUCUGCAAAAUCCUAAGGUUGUGUUUUUGGAAACAAAUACGAAAAAACUGUUUAUUUAUCAUCAGCAUUGUCAUGAAGAUUUUCCAGCUGUUAUUCUUCGUUGCGUUGAUUGUCCGCAUGAAUUAUGUGUCUUCUAUAUUUCUAUAGCUGUAAAUGGGGAUUUCAUUCUUGUUGAUGAGGCCAAUAUGGGAGAAUUUGUGAUACCAGUUUAUCGAGUCAGCCACAUUUUACCAGCUCGAAAGUGUUUUAUUUCUGAAGAUGGUCGUAAUAAAGUGAUCGUGCUUUGCGAUAUUCAUGUUCUUGAUCAUAUUAAAAGCUUUAAUAUAUUCGAUGAUGAUCUUGAUGCAGAUUCUCCUAAUCCUCCUAUAGAUGAUAAAUUAUCCAUCCCACAAAAUAUGGAACAAAUGAUAGAAGUAGUUUGCAUUAAUAAUAACGGAGCAAUUCUUGACACGAUUUUUUGUAACUGUUAUGAACUUGUAAAGGAAAGCAAAUAUUGUGAAAUAUUCAUGAAAUGGAAGAAUAAUGGUAUUUUUGAAUGUGGUACACAAAAACCUUUGCAAAUUCGAUUACGUAUUCAACCACAUUUAUUUGUUAUUUUUAGAACAUUUUGUCUCUCUAAUUUCUCACUCAUCACAAAUGAUUUGAGUACAGCUGAGUGGAUUGAUCUUUUGGUUUUUGCCGAUUAUUAUCUCUGUGAUAAAUUUUUUGAUAAAAUAUUGUUGGAAAUUUUCAGAAGGCCAAUUGAUUUCUCAUUUCUUCGGAUAUUGUACGGAGUGGCAAGAAAUUUGAUUUAUCGAUGGAAACUCGAUAAGUGCAUCGAUAUAGUCAAUGCUCUUUUAUUCCCUUUCUUACUUGAAACGAAUAUCAUGGAUGAUUUCACUGAUGAAGAGUGGAAACGUAUGGAGAAAACUUAUAUUGAAAUAUAUUUCCCCGAAAAUCAUAUGAAGAACAUUUUUGAGGAAUUUGAUCCAAGUGAAAUAAAAUUCAUUCAGUCAGAUUCAAGGUUGCAGAAUGUGGAUUAUAUCGAGAAAUUGAUCAAAAAUAUAGAACAGAUUCUUAAUAAGAAGAUCAAUAACAAUUUCACUGCUGUAUUUAUGGAGAAAUGGUAUUUUAAUCAUAAAUCUAAAGCAGACGGAAGCUCCAUUUGUUUGUCAGCUUCAAAAGAAUCUGGACCUGUGGAAAAUAUUUUGAUUGUACCACAUCGAAAUCAAAGUUCUCAGAAACUUGAGUCCAAUGCAAAUCAGUUCUCAACUUUAUUCAAUUCCACCUAUAUGAAGUCUGAUAUGCAUGGUUCCAGUGGUCAAGAUGAAAAACGACAGUUACUCCAUUCGUUAGAAAAUUCACAUUUGCAGUAUGGAGAAGCUUUAACUAUUAUCAGUGAUGAAGAUUCACAUGAUAUUUCGUCAGAUUUUGAAAUCCCUGCUUCAGAUUUUGUCAUGUCACCUAAUACUAAUCGUAGUUCGCCAUGGAGCUGUAGUUUUGACAAGAAUCAAUUAUCACUCUCAGAAAUAAUGGCAGAAGAGGAAGAGAUUGAAAAAAGAUUGAAUUUAAGAAAUAAUAAGGCAAAAGUUAUUGCCUCAAGUACUAAAGCAGCAAGUCAAAAUAGUACGAAUCCGUGGGGAAUUCAUCUGUCAGAAAAAAAUGCUAUAAUUCAUGAUCCUGCUUUAUCAUUCAAAGAAAUAACCGCCAAAGAUGAAGAAGAAGCAAAACUUGGAGCUCGACGAUUACAUGAAUCGUCAUUAUCUAUUGUGGAAUUAGAAGAUAUCGCGAUGAACGAAAUCAAGAUGUUGUAUGAAGCUACGUUCGAUGAAUUUGCUGCAACAAUAACAGUGGAGCGUGAUGUUGGUGCUAUUCUUCUUCCCUUGUGGCGAACAAGGAGCUAUGGGAAAAAAAAUUGUUGA